AUGUCUGAGCCAUUCGAUGCAUUUCCAACUUGUCCACCGAUACCAACUGGUGGAGAUCAUACAAAUGUUGAUUCAUCAGCAACAGCAAAUACUCCUAUAUCAGACUUUCGACGGAAUGAAGCUCGGCCAAUAGUAUCUGACGAUUAUCGACAUAAAUCGAUAUAUCAUCAACCGAGUUUAACAACAUAUGGUCCAAACGAAAGACGUCGUAAACGUCAUCGUCGGUCACGACAACCCAUAGGGCAGAAUGACUCGUCAUUCAAACCAGUAACAUCUGAUGGAACGAAUGAUUCCGAACCCCAAAGUCCCGGUGCACGUGUUCAAUUUUUGCUUGGCGAUGAAGAUCAAGAAUUUGAUGAUGAAGAACAUAAACCUCAUGAUUUAUUUAUUGAAUUAAAUGAAUUAGUAGCUGAUAGAGAAAAACUCAAUGAAUCUGGUGAACCAGUUGAUCACGGUUGGAAAGAAACUGCUAGAUGGGUAAAAUUUGAAGAAGACGUUGAAAGUGGUGGUCGAUGGAGUAAACCACAUGUUGCUACAUUAUCAUUACAUUCAUUACUUGAACUACGAAAUUUUAUCUCAAAAGGAAGCAUCAUACUUGAUAUGCAUGCUGAUCAAUUACCUGUUAUUGCUGAUAUGAUUCUUGAUGAUUUGAUUGCUAAUGAUUUAUUGACAGCAGAUAAACGUUUUAUUGUACGUAAUGCACUUCUUUUGAAACAUGUCCAUCAGCAUGAGAAAGAAUUUCAUCGACAAUUACACUCACAAGAAAUAAAAAAACCGUUACCAUUUACACGUUCAUUAGCAGAAUUCUCACGAAAUCGUUCACAGAAAGAUGUAACUGCACCAAAUCCUGAACAAGCAGCAUUAACAUCAACUGCGAGUAGCUCAGUUUUAGCAACAAAUCCAAGUCAAUCACCAACACAUACUGUUAAAUUCGCUAUUGGUGAGCAAUCAAAGCCAAAAUUAAGUGAAAAUGACGAAUCUACUGUCGGUUUACCAACUGCUGAAUCACGUGUUAAAAUCAAUUUGCAUUUUAUGAAAAAAGUUCCAGCAAAUGCUGAAGCUACAAAUGUUUUAGUUGGUGCUGUAGAUUAUCUUCAAGCGCCAAUCUAUGCAUUUGUUCGUCUAGCAAAAGGCGUAACAUUACCUGAUCUUGUUGAAGUUGCAUUACCAACACGUUUUCUGUUUGUUCUUCUUGGACCAUGUAAUGAACAUUUACGUUAUCAUGAAGUUGGACGUUCCAUAGCCACAUUAAUGGCCGAUGAAAUUUUUCAUGAUAUCGCUUAUCGAGCACGCAACCGAGAUGAUUUACUUGCAGGUAUUGAUGAUUUUCUUGAUCAUGUCACGGUAUUACCACCAGGCGAAUGGGAUCCUACAACACGUAUUGAACCGCCGAAAAGUGUACCAAAUAAAGAAGACAGACUGGAACGAAACAAAGCCAAUGGUCUUCCGCAGAUGGCUGUAACGGAACAUGUUGAACAUGAAUUUGAUCCAUCACUAGCUCGAACAGGAAGAUUUUGUGGUGGUCUUAUCGAUGAUAUAAAACGUAAAGCACCAUUCUAUAUCUCAGAUUUUACGGAGGGUAUAUCAUUUCAAUCAGUUGCGGCAAUUAUUUUUCUUUAUUUUGCUUGUUUAUCCCCCAUUAUUACAUUCGGCGGUCUUUUAAGUAAAGCAACUGAUAAUAAUAUGGCUGCAAUUGAAAGUCUUCUAUCGGGCGCCAUAUGUGGUAUUUUAUAUCAUUUAUUUGCUGGGCAACCAUUGACCAUCUUAGGCAGUACAGGUCCUGUACUUGUUUUUGAAACCAUUGUCAAUCAUUUUUGCACAACUCAUGGAUAUGACUAUAUGAAUUUUCGUUGUUGGAUUGGUCUAUGGACAGCAACGAUAUUAUUUAUUAUGGUUAUUACCGAUGCAAGUUAUCUUGUGAAAUAUAUAACAAGAUUUACAGAGGAAAGUUUCGCUGCUCUUAUCGGCAUUAUAUUUAUCUAUGAAGCUUUUGAUAAAAUGAUUGAAAUUAAUCAUAAUCAACCUGUUCGAUUACAUACUGUUGAAACUUUACCAUUAAAUUGUACUUGUAUAAAAUCUGAUGGCGCAGUGAAUUGGACAGAAACAAAGACAAUAAGCAAAUGCUUCCAAGACAAAGCUUACAAUUUUAUUGGUUCACAAUGUGAUAGUUUAAGUACAAAAGCAUAUGUCCCAGAUGUAUUUUUCUUCUCAAUUCUUCUAUUUGCAUCAACAUUUAUAUUAGCAUAUACAUUAAAAAACUUCAAGUUUUCUCGAUUUUUAUCGAUGGGUAUUCGUUCAAGAGUGAGCGACUUUGGUGUUGUCUUAGCUAUAUUUAUUAACGUAUUUUUUGAUUAUUUAAUGGGUCUUGAUACACCAAAAUUAAGUGUUCCAAAGAAUUUUGCCACAACGAAACCAGGCCGAGGUUGGAUUAUAAAUCCAUUCGGAAAAAAUCCUCCUUACAUUUGGUUUGCUGCAAUAUUGCCAGCACUAUUAGCUACAAUACUUAUUUUUAUGGAUCAACAAAUUACAGCAGUUAUUAUAAAUCGAAAAGAAAAUAAACUUAAAAAAGGAUGCGGUUAUCAUCUAGAUCUAUUGAUUGUAACAAUAUGUAUUGUUAUUAAUUCUAUACUGGGUCUUCCAUGGUUUGUAGCAGCUACUGUACUUUCAAUUAAUCAUGUCAUUGCACUCAAACUUGAAUCUGAAACAGCAGCUCCAGGUGAAAAACCAAAAUUUUUAGGUGUUCAAGAACAACGCCUCACUGGUUUUGUUGUAUUUCUAUUUAUUGGUCUUUCGGUAUUUUUAACAAAACUCUUAGGCUUUAUACCAAUGCCAGUACUUUAUGGAGUUUUUCUUUAUAUGGGUAUAUCAUCAAUGAAAGAAAUACAAUUAAUAUCACGUAUAUUAUUAAUCUUAAUGCCUGAAAAAUAUCAACCAGAUUAUGUUUAUCUUCGUCAUGUUCGAACAAGUCGUGUACAUAUAUUUACAUUGAUACAAUUAAGUUGUUUAGUUCUAUUAUGGACGAUAAAAUCAAUCAAAAGUAUAUCAAUAUUAUUUCCCAUUAUGGUUUUAGCAUUAGUUGGUGCAAGAAAAGCCAUGGAUUAUAUAUUUACACAGCGUGAACUUGAAUAUUUAGAUGAUAUUAUGCCAGAAGUUGUUAAGAAAGAAAUUGAAGAAAGACGAAAUAGUGUUAUUGAUGAAUCGGAUUUAGAUGGAAAGAACCAUGAAUCAGUCACAAUUGAUAAUGGCGGAAUUCGUACAGCAGCUAGCGAUAGUGUAGCAAUGAAAGGACCAACAAAAAAUGUUAAAAUUGAUCCGUCAACAGGUGUCAUCAAUUUUUCUGAAGAAGUUGGUAAAACAUCAAUGUGGAAAUCAAUAUCGAAGACAAAAGAUAAAGAAUCAACAGCGCCCGAAAGAAAAGAACAUCAAAAACAGUCAACAACUGAUAAACCAUCACGUGGAUCAGCUUUGAAAAAAAAAAUCCGUAAAUUAAGUAUAAGUUUGCUUGGUCCAGAUGAAGAGCGUCCAUUGGUAGCUCCUUCGCAUGAACUAACACUUACUCCAUUAAAUCAACAACUACCGUCUAUCGUAGUUCAACAGCCAGACGCAUCAAUACCAAAUGAUAAUUCUGAUCAACGUCAACGAACUAGCUCAAAUACGAGCAAUAAUAAUGAGACAACAAAAAUGUGA